AUGAGUGAGGAAUACGCCAUCGUAGACGUAGACUCAGGCUGUGUCUGCACUGGCGAGUUCUUGCGCAAGAACAAGUCCACAUUGCCAUGUGCUUCUGCGCAAGAGCAUUUAUGGCAGUGUGAACGCUCUCUUGCGCAAGAAAGCUCCGAUGGACUAUCAGAUCAUUUGCGUGAAACCAAUGUAUGUGUGUGGGAAGACAGAGGGGAAUCCAACUUCAAUGUAAAAGGACACUUCAGUCCAAUUUUAUAUCAACCAAGAGAUUUAAAAUACUUCCUUCUGAUUAACAGGAAGAAGGCAAAAGAACCAGAGGUAGUUGAGACAGCUGUUGAAGUGAAAGAGGAACCUGUCUUGGUGUGUCCCCCUCCACGAAGUAGGAAGUACCUUCCCCCGGAGGACAUCCAGAGUCGUCUUGAAUCUCAUGUCAGGGAGAUUUUUGGACCCUCACUCUCUGAGGACUGGCAAAAGGCUUCACUAAAAGAAAGCAAGUUAAAAUAUCGCCUCUUGGCACAACUGGCAGCAGAACUAGGUCAUGCGGUCCCUAAUUCUCGGCUCCACCAGAUGUGCACUGCUGGGGAUGUGUUAGCUUUCUACAGCACCCAGGUCAAAGAUGCCUCAAAAUUUGAUGAGCUGUGCACUGCAGAGUUACCCCCAAACCUAAAGAUUAUAUGGAAAUACUGAAUUAUGCCAAGUAAGAGGGAUGACUUCUGGGAUGAUGUCCAGAAAAGAUUCAUCAUAGAGAUGGUUUAAAUAUAUGCUCCAUUGGGAGUUCACUUAAAUGUCUUCAGAUUUCAAGGACGUUACUUCAGAAAAAACUUUUGUUGUGAUGCACCAGGGAUAGCGUGGUCAAUAAAGAGAACAUCUGUA